GUAAACAAACUUUGACAGAUCCAAAACAUGUGAAUUCGUGUCAGGGUUUAAUCAAAGAAGGCGUGACAAACAAGAAUUAAAACGUUACUGAUAGUUACCAAAUUUUCAUUUAAAAUCAGAACUACACAGGUAUCACUCCUGGUCAAGCUAAAAAUGGAAGGUCAGUCAGUUUUUCCUAGUGGGUUUUGUGCGUUCAAAGAUUCUGAUUUCCUGGAUGCUUGCAAGGAGCUAGAUAACCCACAAAUAGAGGGAUGGGAGUUUUUCACCAGCUCACAUGGCGUCACAAUCUACAGGAUGUACAAUGAGACAUCAGGCCUAUAUGAAUACAAGAUCUAUGGAGUCCUGGAUGAUGUGAAUCCUGAAGUAUGUGCAGAGGUCUACAUGGAUCUGGAAUAUCGUAAAACCUGGGAUACAUAUGCUAAAGAGCUGAAUGAGACCGAGGCUGAUGGGAAGAAGGUGAUCUACUGGAACGUGAACUUCCCCUGGCCAAUGUGGAACAGAGAUUAUGUAUACGCUCGCACAUUACGUGAGAUGGAUUACAACGGUAAUAAAGUGUGGGUAGUCCUUGCACGCAGUGAGAAUGUUCCAUCAAUACCAGAGAAGAGUGGGGUUAUAAGGGUGGAUGACUACCUACAGAGCUGUGUCCUCACUACAGAUGGCAAAGUGGGAUCAAAAGCAUACAUGAGAUAUUAUGACAACCCAAAAGGUGCCAUUCCCACAUGGUUGAUCAACUGGGGAGCCAAGACUGGUGUACCAGAGUUCCUGUCGAUUAUGCAAAAAGCCUGUCGCGGAUAUCCAGAAUAUCAGAGUAAAAAACAGUCCCAGUCCAGCUAGCAUGAAAUUCCACUUAUUAAGAUAUCUAAUGUAUAAAUCAUAGAUUUUUGUUUUAUCAAGCCAUAAACCAUAAUGGUAAAUUAUGAUGUGUGGUGUCCCCAUAUAAUUUCAGUAAAGCUUGUUUGUAAUACCUUUCAUUUGGUAUAAUUUUUAAAUAUUUUUUCUCUACUCUUGAAAUCCUUUCAAAUGUUACCAAAUAAUACGGGGUCACCAGUCAUCCAAACUUCACAUAAUAAUAAUUGUACAUCGAAUACCUUAAAAGAAACAUGACACAAAGCUAUUCUUGUUUGUGCAUUUCUACAUUUUAACAUGUAUUUAUUGAAGUAUGAAAUUUUAGUACGAGUUGUACAAUUCAUUUUCCCUGAUGCAAUAAUUACCUCAUUAUUUUUUGACAAGUUUUUACUUUUAUAUUGUCCAAGCCUCAAUGAUAUAUCAACCUCAUAAGAUAAUGAUAUUGAUUUUUAUUUUAACGAUGCAUUAGUCAUAUUUUAAGCUGUUUGAAGUGAUACUUAAUUCUGUCAACCAUAUGAUACAUGUCGAGGGCUCAACGCAACACUAUUGUAACUCAUUUUUUCAAAUUUUACAGGAGGUUGAAAAAACUUCACAAUUUUUUUUAUUAUACAUAUUUUGUAAGAGUCUUAGUAUAUUUGUCUUUGAAAGUAGAAUCAAUUUAUUAAUCCAAAUAGAAAUUUGAAUUAUAAUGUUGUGUUUUUAUUAUAUUUGAAUAAAUAUUAGUUACAAUACUGUUGCCUCUGAAAAUGAGAAAAUAUCAUUUAAUUUUUCAACGCAACACUAUUGUAACUGAAGUUGCAAUAGUGUUGCAUUAUCUUUUUUUACCAGUUAUUUACAAUUUGCAGAGCAACACAAUGAUAUUUUUGUUUUGUUUUUAAGUUGUACCUACAUAUUAAUUUAAAACAUAUAGCUUAAAACACAUUUAAUUCCUCAUAGUUCUUUGUAGUUUUUAAUAAGAGUAUUAUAUAGUUGCCUUUUAAAUUCAAUUCAUAAAAAAGGCACAAAUAGUUAACUUGAAUCUUAAUGCGCUGUGUACUGUACUGUGGCUUGUAUAAGGCGACACUAAAUUGAUGUUUCUUUCAUUUUUUUAAUCAGUUCAAAUAGAAGACAUUUUUUAACAUACUAAUAAAACUGCUUUCCUACGAUUGUCGAAUAAAAUCAGGCUUAAAUGUUUUUGUGUGUGUUCUUUGUAAGGGUAUAACCUUUAACAACAUUUAAUAAGUUUGAAAUUGCACUCUUAGGGCAUUAUUGUUAAACAUUUUCAUUCCGAGUAUCCAUUAUUUGGGACAAACUAUGUUUGCUUGCAGUUUUAAACAUGAUUUAGAAAGUGUAAUCUUUAUUUUUAUUUUGCCCUCUGGCUCAAAACAAAUUUGUGUAGCCUUGCAAUUACAUUUAUUUGCAAGUCUAUGCAGCGUAACUUUAUUACACGAUUCACGUCAGAUUUGAAUCUGAACUUAUAUAAUAAUGUAUAUUACUGUGAUUGUUAAAUUACCAUAUGUUGUUAUAUUAAUAGUUAUUCAUCCAUUAUUUAGUUUAAUUUACAAUGUAAAUUUGAUUCUUGUGUUCAAGCUUUGUAAAAAGUCUUGUAAAUUUACUGUGAUAAUAAAA